AUGAAAUCAAAUGAGUUUUUUAUUGGAAUUUCAUUAGUACUUUUGUCAAGUUUAUUUAUCGGUUCAAGUUUUGUUUUAAAAAAGAAAGGCCUACUUCAAUUAUCAGGUGGUUUUGGUUAUUUAUAUGAAAUACAAUGGUGGAUUGCCUAUGGAUUUGCUCCUGCAUUACUUGUCACGCCACUUGGUGCAUUAUCAGUUUUAGUUCGUGCUUUAAUGGCUGUUCGAUUUCUAGAUGAAAAAUUAAAUAUACUUAGUAGAAUUGGUUGUCUUCUUACAGUAUGUGAAUUUCUUUUCUUUUCAUUCAUUAUAUGUAUUGGACUAUUAUGUUUAAUAUUUUAUUAUGUUCCACGUUUAGGUCCUCAAUAUGUUCAUAUUUAUAUAUUAAUUUGUUCACUUUUGGGUGCUUUUACUAUAACAGCAUGUAAAGGUAUUGCUAUUGGUUUAGAAGAAUUCUAUACUCAUAAGUAG